AUGAUGUCACAUAUUAAAGCAAACUUCUCAUGCCUGCUGCUAAAAACGGCCGAACUCUGGGCCGAUCGUUGUCGGAUCCCAUUCUUCUUCUCUGUGAACUUUUGCCUCUGUCCCCAAAACGCGCUAAUUGACCUUUUCCUGCAUGUGAAAGGUCUAUUCAUAUCUAUCUAUCAUAUCUAUCUAUAUAUCUGUCUCUGUUCAUAUCUAUCUAAUUCUAUUCAUAUAUAUCUAAGUCUAUUCAUAUCUAUCUAUCUAUCUAAUUCUAUUCAUAUCUAUCUGAGUCUAUUCAUAAGACUAUUCAUAUCUAUCUAUAUAUCUAAUCUAAUAUCUAUUAUCUAUCUAUCUAUCUCUCUAAUAUUCAUAUCUAUCUAUCUAAGUCCAUUUACUAUUAAUAUCUAUCUAUCUAUCUAUCUAUCUAUCUAUCUAUCUAUCUAUCUAUCUUUGCACCUUCUAGAAAAAUCUCGGUUGUUAUUCAAUUUUAUUAUUCCAUAUCGGCACCGCGUAGAACUGAUUAUUGACGUUCGUAUUUCUCCCCCAUCUCUCUCUCUCUCUUAUUCUCCUUUUGUUCUCCAGCUGAUAUCAACUGAUGAAUGUUUAUAG